CUAGGUCGCUGGGCCCGCGGUUCCUGGGAGCGGGUGGUGACGUCAGCGGCCCAGCUUCAUGGCGGCGCGAAAGCGGAGAGCCAGCGGCCUCCGGGCGCGAGCAUUAAAUGAAACCAAGAGAGCUAGUAAUGGCAACACAGCUUCAGAAGACUCUAAUCCUACCAAGAAAACUCGCAAAUGCCAGAGACACGGGGUAAAAAAGAUGCCUGUGGCUGGAGGAAAGGCGAAUAAAGACAAGACAGAAGACAAGCAAUGUGAAUCUGUGAAGGCCUUGCUGUUAAAGGGCAAAGCUCCCGUGGACCCAGAGUGUACAGCCAAGGUGGGGAAGGCUCAUGUGUAUUGUGAAGGAAGCGAUGUCUAUGAUGUCAUGCUAAAUCAGACCAAUCUCCAGUUCAACAACAACAAGUACUAUCUGAUUCAGCUAUUAGAAGAUGAUGACCAGAGGAACUUCAGUGUUUGGAUGAGAUGGGGCCGAGUUGGGAAAAUGGGGCAGCACAGCUUGGUGGCUUGUUCAGCCAACCUCAACAAGGCCAAGGAAAUCUUUCAGAAGAAAUUCCUUGACAAAACAAAAAACAAUUGGGAGGAUCGUGAGAAAUUUGAGAAGGUGCCUGGAAAAUAUGAUAUGCUACAGAUGGACUAUGCUACCAAUACUCAGGGUGAAGAGAAAACAAAAAAAGAAUCUCUUAAGUCUUCCUUGAAAACAGAGUCACAGCUGGAUCUUCGGGUACAGGAGCUGAUAAAGUUGAUCUGUAAUGUCCAGGCCAUGGAAGAGAUGAUGAUAGAAAUGAAGUAUAAUACCAAGAAAGCUCCACUUGGGAAGCUGACAGUGGCGCAAAUCAAGGCAGGUUACCAGUCUCUGAAGAAGAUUGAGGAUUGUAUUCGGUCUGGCCAGCAUGGACGAGCUCUCAUGGAAGCAUGCAGUGAAUUCUACACCAGGAUUCCACAUGACUUUGGACUCCGUACACCCCCACUAAUCCGAACAGAGAAGGAACUGUCAGAAAAAGUACAACUACUAGAGGCUUUGGGAGACAUUGAAAUUGCCAUUAAGUUGGUAAAGACAGAGCAACAAAGCCCAGAACACCCAUUGGAUCAACACUAUAGAAAUCUACAUUGUGCCUUGUGCCCUCUAGACCAUGAAAGUUAUGAGUUCAAAGUGAUUUCCCAGUACUUACAAUCUACCCAUGCUCCCACACACAGUGACUAUACCAUGACCUUGCUGGAUGUGUUUGAAGUAGAGAAAGAGGGUGAGAAAGAAGUCUUCAGAGAGGACCUUCAUAACAGGAUGCUACUGUGGCAUGGAUCUAGGCUGAGUAACUGGGUGGGAAUCCUGAGCCGUGGGCUUCGAGUUGCCCCACCUGAGGCUCCCAUCACAGGUUACAUGUUUGGAAAAGGAAUCUACUUUGCUGACAUGUCUUCCAAGAGUGCCAAUUACUGCUUUGCUUCUCACUUAAAGAAUACAGGACUGCUGCUCUUAUCAGAGGUAGCUCUAGGUCAGUGUAAUGAGCUACUAGAGGCCAAUCCUAAGGCAGAAUCAUUACUUCAGGGCAAACACAGCACCAAGGGACUGGGCAAGAUGGCUCCCAGUCCUUCCUGUUUCAUCACCCUGAAUGGGAGUACAGUGCCCUUAGGACCAGCAAGUGACACAGGAAUUGUGAAUCCAGAGGGUUAUACCCUUAACUACAAUGAAUAUAUUGUCUAUAACCCCAAUCAGGUCCGUAUGCGAUACCUUCUAAAGGUUCAGUUUAAUUUCCUGCAGCUAUGGUGAAUGUUGAUGUUAAACCAGAGAAAAACCUAAUCUUCAAGCAAGAAAAUAAGCUGUACUUUUGCGUUUUGUAAUUUUAAUGUAAUAAAAAUGGUACAAUUCUA